UCCCCGGACCCUGCAUUCACUAUAUCUGGUCUCCCCGGACCCUGCAUUCACUAUAUCUGGUCUCCCUGGACCCUGCAUUCACUAUAUCUGGUCUCCCUGGACCCUGCAUUCACUAUAUCUGGUCUCCCUGGACCCUGCAUCACUCACUAUAUCUGGUCUCCCUGGACCCUGCAUUCACUAUAUCUGGUCUCCCUGGACCCUGCAUUCUCUAUAUCUGGUCUCUCCGGACCCUGCAUUCACUAUAUCCGGUCUCCCCGGACCCUGCAUUCACUAUAUCUGGUCUCCCCGGACCCUGCAUUCACUAUAUCUGGUCUCCCAGGACCCUGCAUUCACUAUAUCUGGUCUCCCACAGUACACAGAACAUGGAAAUGCAAUAACUUU